CGCGAGUUCGCUGCGCUCGCGCCGUCCUCGCGUGACGUCAUGUAAGCCUCCUUACUCGUGACGUCACCCCGAGAUUUUAUUUCGCUUCGAGCAGCGACUGCGAGGUGCAGGUGACAGCCUCGUCCCUUACUGCUCGUGAUGGCGGGCUCCCUGAGUGGACAAGUGUGCAUUGUGACGGGCGCGUCUCGCGGCAUCGGCAAAGGCAUUGCCCUGCAGCUGGCGGAGGCAGGGGCCACGGUCUACAUCACGGGGCGCAACCAGGAGACGCUGCGGCAAGCCGCCGAGGAGGUGGAAGCGCGUGGUGGACACUGCGUCCCCGUGUCCUGCGACUCCACCAAGGAGGAGGAAGUGCGAGCGCUGUUUGAGCGUGUGCGGCGCGAGCAGAAGGGCCGACUUGACAUCUUGGUCAACAACGCAUACGCCGGCGUCAAAACGCUUUUCAUCGGCAUUGGAAAGCCAUUUUGGGAGCAGCCUGCCACAGACUGGGAUGACAUCAACAACACUGGUCUGAGGGGACACUACCUAUGCUCGGUGUACGCAAGCCAGAUGAUGGUGGAACUGGGACAGGGGCUCAUUGUCGUCAUCUCGUCCAUUGGUGGCCUUCGGUACCAUCUCAGUGUGCCCUACGGAGUCGGCAAGGCAGCCUGUGACCGCCUGGCUGCCGACUGUGCGGUGGAGCUUCGCAAAUACAACGUGGCCUACGUCUCGCUGUGGCCGGGUGCCGUGCGCACGGAGCUGGUGCAGGAGUUGGUGGCGAGGGACACAGCAAAAUCCAUUAUGGAGCAGCAGAUAGCGAAGGCUUUAGAGAAUGGAGAAACAACGGAGUUGAGUGGGAAGUGCAUAGUCGGGCUGGCAAAAGACAAAAACAUCAUGAAGAAGUCCGGCCGAGUGGUAAUGACAGCUGACCUUGCCUCCGAGUAUGGCUUCAAGGAUGUGGAUGUACUGCUCGUGAUGGCGGGCUCCCUGAGUGGACAAGUGUGCAUUGUGACGGGCGCGUCUCGCGGCAUCGGCAAAGGCAUUGCCCUGCAGCUGGCGGAGGCAGGGGCCACGGUCUACAUCACGGGGCGCAACCAGGAGACGCUGCGGCAAGCCGCCGAGGAGGUGGAAGCGCGUGGUGGACGCUGCGUCCCCGUGUCCUGCGACUCCACCAAGGAGGAGGAAGUGCGAACGCUGUUUGAGCGUGUGCGGCGUGAGCAGAAGGGCCGACUUGACAUCUUGGUCAACAACGCAUACGCCGGCGUCAAAACGGUUUUCAGCGGCAUUGGAAAGCCAUUUUGGGAGCAGCCUGCCACAGACUGGGAUGACAUCAACAACACUGGUCUGAGGGGACACUACCUAUGCUCGGUGUACGCAAGCCAGAUGAUGGUGGAACUGGGACAGGGGCUCAUUGUCGUCAUCUCGUCCAUGGGUGGCCUUCGGUACCUCUUCAGUGUGCCCUACGGAGUCGGCAAGGCAGCCUGUGACCGCCUGGCUGCCGACUGUGCGGUGGAGCUUCGCAAAUACAACGUGGCCUACGUCUCGCUGUGGCCGGGUGCCGUGCGCACGGAGCUGGUGCAGGAGUUGGUGGCGAGGGACACAGCAAAAUCCAUUACGAAGCAGCGGAUGGUGAAGGCUUUCGAGAAUGGAGAAACAACAGAGUUGAGUGGGAAGUGCAUAGUCGGGCUGGCUAAAGACAAAAACAUCAUGAAGAAGUCCGGCCGAGUGCUAAUGACAGCUGACCUUGCCUCCGAGUAUGGCCUCAAGGAUGUGGAUGGCAGCGUGCCGGUUAACUACACGUCACUCAAGUUUCUGGUGACACAGGUCCCAGGGCUAGCCUGGAUGUCCUGCGUUAUCCCCAGCUUCAUAAAGGUUCCCAAGUGGAUGCUCAGCCUCUCGGCAUCCAAAUUCUAAAGCAUCGUCGAGCAAGGCUCUGCUCAAGUGCCUCAUUCAACAGCUUAAAAUGUAUCUUAUGCCUGACAUUCGUAACAAAGUGCAUCUUGAUUUAGAUUGUUUAGAUUGUUACAGGUAUACGUUUACAGUGAUGAUUGAAAUUUAACAUUGGAGUCUAUGGUGUAUUAAGAUAGACACUGCAAAUACAUGUCACAAAUAAAAA